AUGUUCGACCAAGUCCAAGGUCGGCUGCAGACUCAUUCAGUGUUAUUUGUAUGCUGGAUUUCAGUCACCCUCCUUGUCACGCGAGUCCUGUUGAACAAGUAUUGGAAUAGGAUCAACCAUAUUCCAGGUCCAACCCUGGCCUCCUGUACUGACCUUUGGCGCCUUUUCCUCGUUUGGGGCCGACGACCUGAGGUUGAACAUAUCCGCUUGCACGAAAUCCAUGGGCCGCUGGUGCGCCUGGGACCCAACGCCAUAUCUGUGUCCGAUCCAGGUGCCGUUCACAUCAUAUACGCAUUGAACUCUGGAUUCGUCAAAUCCGGGUUUUACCCCGUCCAACAGACGAUCGCAAAGGGCCGUCGCUUGUAUACCUUGUUCACCUCCACCGACGAGAAGUUCCACGCAAGACUUAGGAGAGCGGUCUCCAGUGCGUAUUCCAUGAGUACUUUGGUUCAAUUUGAACCUCUAGUAGACUCAACCACGUCUGCGUUCCUGGAUCGUUUGCAGCAGGGGUUUGCAGACAAGCCAGGCCCUAGUGGGGUGUGUGAUUUUGGGACCUGGCUUCAAUACUAUGCAUUUGAUGUCAUCGGCGAGCUCACAUACUCACAGCGAUUGGGCUUCGUGGAGAGAGGGGAGGAUGUGGACAACAUUAUCGGGAAUUUGGAGAGGUUGCUGAACUAUGUUUCAGUCAUCGGCCAGAUUCCAGCACUGGACAAACUGUUCCUCAAAAACCCACUUAUUUUGAUGGCCAGUAAAUAUGGGAUGGUAAAUUCCAACACCCCAGUGGCGAGCUUUGCCAGAGCCCGUAUCGCCGGUCGUCUGUAUGAAGCGGAGCAUGGCGACAAAUGUAUGCAAACAACCAAUGAUGGAAACCUGACACGAAGAGACUUUUUGUCGAGGUUCUAUGAGGCGCAUCGCAAGGAUCCCGAGUUCAUCACCCGAGAGCGAGUGCUGGCGCUGACCGUUGCGAAUAUGUUUGCUGGAUCUGACACAACCGCCAUCACGUUACGAGCAAUCUUCUAUCACUUACUGCAAAAUCCACAUGACAUGCAUAGCCUGAUGCAAGAACUUUGGUCUCAGAGAGAGAAAGGCCUGUUUUCCAACAAGGACGGACUGGUCGGGUGGAGCGCCGUAAAGGAUCUUCCCUUCCUGAGCGCAGUCAUCAAAGAGUCACUGCGUUGCCAUCCAGCUGCGGCUCUUGUAUUGGAGAGAAUAGUGCCACCUGCAGGGGUCACAAUUUGCGGCCAAUUCAUUCCAGAGAGAACGAUUGUUGGCUGCAAUGCAUGGGUAGUACACCGUCAUCCCCUGUUCGGAGAGCAUACAGACCAAUUCCGUCCUCGACGCUGGCUGGAAGCUUCACCUCCUCAGAGGAGGUUGAUGGAGAACUCGAUCUUUUCCUUCGGAGCUGGAUCCAGGACAUGCAUCGGCAAGAAUGUGAGCUUGUUGGAGCUCUACAAGCUGGUCCCGGCUGUCUUGAUGCGAUUCGAAGUCGAGCUGGCAGACCCGUCCAAGCCAUGGAAGCUUCACAACGCAUGGUUCUUGAAACAAUCGGAAUUCAAGGUUCGGUUGAAGAGCAGGAGAUGGCGGGCAUAG